AUGUCCACGACCCCUGAAGCGACAGCACCUGCUCUGGACAACGACGUCCUCGUGCACCCAAGUCUAGUCCGCUCAAGCUCCAGCAGUGGCGCCAUCGCCACUGACAAGUCACAACCACCACGUCGAGAACGGAGCAAGUCACGCGAUGCCGGCAAACGCAUGGGCGGCGGUCAAAAGGCGUCCUGGAAAGUCACGGAAGUCCCUCCUGCCGUGCCAUUGGACGCCCACGACCCGAAUUACGACAGCGAAGCCGAAGAAAACGUCGUGCUCGUGUCGACGGUCGUGGGGUCACCCACAAAAUCGACGCCAACGCUCGAGCCAGACGCGCUGGCAGCCAAGGAGCUGGCAAUUAAUGCCCCUCCCGAAGUGAAGAAGCGCGUGAUUGAGAUUUUGGAGGAAUAUUUCACCAAUGGCGACGCCGAAGAGGUCCUGAGUUCGCUCCAGGAGCUCAAUGAGCCGGAGUUUCAGUACGAAGUCGUGAAACGCGCCAUUACAAUGGCCAUGGACAAGCACGACAAGGAGCGCGAGCUCGCGUCACGACUCGUGUCGACGCUGUAUCUGGAUGGACUCACAGCGGGUCAGGUGCUCAUGGGCUUUCGUCGCGUGUUGCUAUUAGCUGGAGACUUACAGAUUGAUAUUCCGUCGGCCAAGAACAUGCUGGCGAUCUUUUGUGCACGUGCAGUAGUGGACGAGAUUUUACCGCCGAGUUUCUUGGAGGAUCCGUUCAUCACGCGAUAUGCGCCAGAGAUUGCAGCCGAAGCUAUCAAGAAGUUGAGCAUUAACCACGCGACUGCGCGGAUGGAAAAGGCGUGGGGACCUGGAGAUGGCCGACCGGUUGAGGAGCUGAAAGUCGCGAUCGACCAGCUCACGAAGGAGUAUCUGCUCUCUAGCGAUCUCGAAGAGGCUGCGCGCUGUGUUCGUGAAUUGAAUGUGCCGCAUUUUCAUCAUGAAGUCGUCAAGCGUGGCAUCACGAACUCUCUCGAAGAAGGUGGUGAGACCAGUAGUGCGGCGAUGGCGUCGCUGUUGACCUACUUGGUCUCUCAUGAGGUCGUGUCUACGGGACAGCUACUGAAAGGCUUUGAGCGCUUUAAACUCGUACUGGAUGACGUUGCGCUGGAUAUUCCCAAUGCUACUGCGAUGUUCCAGGACAUUGUGACGCGUGGUAUCAGCGACGGUAUUCUACCCAAGACCUUUGACGCCAACCCGGUCAAGAAGUGA